AUGACGCGUAGUACAACAGCAUUGAACGCAUCGUCGAUACAGACGACAACAACAACCUCUAAUGAAGCAAACGUAAUCACAACGGAUACAAAAGAUAUUAUCGCCAAUAAUGAAUUGACAAUUCAAAAACUGUUAUUAGAAUUACAAGAUGACCUUAAAAAGACUAAAUCUUGUUAUAAUCAAAGUCGUGAUUCAUGGUUGGGCUAG